AGAUGUAAAAUGGAAGGAGCAGAAGAGCUUGUCGUCUUUGUAUUUUCAGUUGUCGUCUUUACUUUUGGUCUGACCAGGCUGACAGAUUGACUAGUAGCUAUGGAUAACACCGGAGAAGAGACAAUGGAAUCAAAAAAGAAUGAAAAACGGAAACCACUGAUAAAUAAUACCGAUCAAAUGGAUCAAACACUGCCAGAUAAUGACGCACAAAUAAACAAUGACGCACACAAAGAUAUUGACGCAAAAAUACCCAAUGACGCACCAAUUGAUGAGGAAGAAAUGCGUACCCGACAGAGGAAACUAGAAAGACAGGAAUCAGUGGAGCAGUCCAGGAGUAGUCUUAGUAACAUCUCAGCAGAUAGUCUAAAUAUAGAGAGUUUUACCCAGGAUGUGAAUCCGUGUGCUGGAUAUUCUAGCUCUCUUUAUACAGGAUUGAUGAAUACUCAACAACAAUCUCAAAGCUGUGAAAACCUUCUGAGUGAAAAUUUCAGUGAGAACGGAAGUGAUACUGAAACUGAGCUUCUGGAUACAGUUAAACCUUGCGAAAAUAGUAAUAGCAGGGACGAAGGAUCUGGGAGUAGGGACGAACUCGGCAGCCGGGACGAACUCGAAAAAAUUGGAGAAGACGACCGCGAGGACGAGGUUUUGUCUGAAAAAACGGAGGAUGGAGCGUAUGCGCGGAAUUACGAGCUGGAUGAUUUGGAGGAGAGCUUCUUGUUCGAGGAGGGGUUGAACUUGGAGGAGUUCAACCAGUUGGAGCAGUUCAAUCAGCUAGAGUUGAUGAGAAGAGAGAGGUUGGAUACAGUUGAGGAGAUAACGGAACCUGCCAGCACGAGUAACUCUCUAGCCUUUGAUCCAUACCGCUGGUCCAGUCAGCAUACUUCUUUAACUUCAAACGAUUUCCUGAACAGUCUGACCCUUCUAGACGAGGAUCCUCAGCCUCACUUGCAGUCUUUGUGUUCCAAUACGUCUAAAGAAGAACCUUACAGUGUCAGUGAAAUAGAGAUCAGGAAUGAUUAUCAGAUAAGAAUAAGUGAGACGACUCAAAGUUCAGAUAAAGAAUCAGUUUCUAGUGUUCAAGGGAGUACCUGGAGAAAUAGGGAUAGUGUAUUAGAGCCUGCAGACCUGAGUUCAAGAAAAGCUAAGAUUGUUUCCUCCGAGACAAAAUCUACUCUGCUUGGAUUGAACAACAGUAAUCAAGACCAGAACCCUGGAAGAUGUUCUAGUACUCCAUCUUCGAGUCUGAGUCCCAAUCCGUCCAAUUCCGGGCUGUUCAUCGUAAACACUAGAGAGAAACUUGAACAAACACUCGAAGUUACGCAAAAUUUCACAUCAAAUUUGACUAAAACUGACUCAUCUGCGGUUGGUUCAACGGAACGAAUAAAGCUCCGCGAAUCUGCUGAAUCUGAAUCAAAACAAGAGGACAAGAAUACAUAUCAGAGUAGAGGAUACACACGCCAAGAAGUACCAAGAUAUGAGUAUAAAAGCAGUAGCUACGCGGGUCAGGAGGAACAUGAGAGCUACAGAAGUAAUGUUAGUCUAAGUAGUGAGAGUAGCAGUAAUCUUAACAGCGCUGCUUCAGAGAUAUGUCCAAGAUUUGAGAGGGAAAGCAGGUUAGCUAGACAGCUAGCUGAGGUUAAACAAGGAAUAUAUAGACUACUUAGUGUAGACAGUGAUGAGCAUAGUUUAGAUAAGGAGUGUAGUAGUAUAGAUGAAGAACAAAUAGAUUUCACUGAACCUGAUUCUGCUGCUAGAGAAGAAACUGAGGAAGAGGAUUCUAGCCGUAGUGUUGAUCUUGAUCUAAGGGAUAAGAAGGAGAAGCAUGAGUGGGAGGGGAAUGAGAAAGGAUUGCUGGAGUGUGAAGGAGGAGGUGGAGGGGUAGAGAAGGAGGAACAGGGAACAGAUAGUGGUAUAGAGAGGAUGAGUAGUGCUGGAACAGGAACCCCUGGAUGGAUGGGCAGGUUGGGGAAAAAGGUCCGUCGUGUCAGGAUCGGGUCCGGAGGUCAUUCAACAACAAGCUCAUCUCCAGAUGACCGCCAUGACAGGCCUCGAAGUGCGAGUACAGAAAGUCCCCGCGAGGGUGGGUUCGGACCAGAUCGUAACAUUGUUCUUGAAUCUAGAGUCAGAGAACUCUGGGUUCGACUUGCUCAGAUGGAGACGGAGAAAAUAAAGGCUGUGGAGUUUGCUGUUGAACAGGAGCGAAGGAGAACUGAACAGCUUCUCGAUCAGGAGCGUCGUGGAGUUGAACAGGAGUUGAGGCGGAUCGAGGAGGAGAGAAUGAGGAUGGAUGAGGAGAGGAUGAGGAUGAACGAGGAGAGGAGAGGAAUGGAGAGGAUGGCGGAGGAGCUAGAGAUGAAGGAGAAGGGUUUGGUGGAGGCACAGGAGAGACAAGUUCAUCUCACCAACAGUUUGCAGGCUAAGCUUGUGAAGUACCGCGGUGAGGCUGAGGAUGCCCGGAGGCUGGUAGCUGAGCUAGGAGGUCGAUCUAGAGAGGAUGUGGAAUCUAUCGCCAGCCUCAAGGCAGAACUAGAGGACUCAAAUAAUAGGAACCAGACACAACAGAUCCUGCAUAAAUCUGAGAUAGAAGAGUGGAAGGUACGGGUUGAGGAGGAACAGGAGAAAUAUAAAACUAUCUCAGGACUUAACUCUCUACUAAGGAGGGAGAGGGAUGAUAUUAGACAGGAAGUUGAAAUCCAAAGAGGGGUUAUCAGUAGUUUGGAGGUCGAACUUAAACGGUCUCGUGAUGAGACAGAACGGGUUCGGAGGUCGAGGUCAAAAUUUGAACCUAAAGGUGAUCUGGACGCUGCUCUGAAAGCUCUGAUAGCGCUGAGGAGAGAAUAUUCUGACCUCAAGGUGACUUCUGUGCGGGAGCUUGGUAAGAUGAGGGUCGAGGUCGCGAAUAUGGCGAGGAUGACCUCAAUAGCCUGCAUGGAGAUCAGUUCUAGAUCAAACUUUAUCAAGGACAGUCGUGGACGGGAGAUUGAUAUUGGAUCCGUUUCCCAGUUAUAUGAGAAGUAUGAGAGAAUGAAAAAAGAGAAAGAUGAUUUGGAGGAAAAACUUGAAACUGCGGAGAAAUCUGUUCAUCUAGCAACCAAGAAGAUUACACUUCUAGAACGACAAAAUCCAACCCAAGGAAGCGUCUCAGAGGCUCGGAAAGAGCUCAUUUUAGAAGAUCCAAUCCGUGGUGUAAGAUUAGGAAAACUCGAGGGAGAAAAUGUGCUCCUCAGGUCCAGCCUUCAGGAUGUAGCAUCAAUGGUGGAUUUGGGAGCAGAGAGAUCAGUUCUAAUAGGACCAGGAUCUAAACCUCGGCCAGUUACUCCACAAAGAUCAAGAAGAACACGAUCUGCUAGUCCUGCCAUGAUAGAAUCAACAGUUGCUGCGGUUCAAUCCGUUCUAAACCAGCGACAGGUUGAGAAACAUGAUCUUCAAGGACGGUUGGAUUCUCUCCGGGAUAAGUUUGAGCAGGUGAAGAAGAGUGAGGGAAGGUGGGAGACACGAACCAAGCUUCUGGACUCUGAACUAACUACCACCAAGGAGGAACUAAAGAUUCUUCGUAAAGAGUUUAACGAGACUAAAGAAGACCUAGAAGAGACAGCUAGAAAGCUGGCACAGACAAGAAAGGAGAAAGAAGAACUUUUUCAAAAGUGGAAAACUUUAAAAGAUGAAACAGAUUCUACUUCAAGUGCAUUUAAAGAAAUCCAAAGACAGAACGUAAAACUGGAAAAGAAGACUGAGAACUUGAGUUCUGAAAACUCGAGGUUAGAGGAGAGGGUGUCAGAUUUAGUAAAUGAUGCGAAGGAGAGUGGUAUCUUGAUCUCCCAGCUGGAGAGGGUUGGAAGCAGUUUGAGAGAGGAGGCAGGGGAGCUCAGGGAGCGUUUAGCAGCUGUAGAACGGGACCAGGAGAGGUUGGAGAGAGAACGGACAGAGAAGGAGACGAUCAUUACAGAGGAGAAACUAAACUCAACCACCAUCAGCUCCCAAAUCACUAAGAUGGAACGGCAGGAGAAGAUACUUGUUGAGAAAGUUCUCCUGCACGAAGAGACGGAGACUAAGCUUAAGGCGGAGAUCUCUCUGUCUCAGGGGACGAUCUCCGGGCUUCGGGAGGAGAUAUUAGAGUAUGAGACAAGACUGCUGAGACUAGAGCAGGAGUUGGAGGAGAUGAAACAGAUGAACGUGGAGCAUGGGACGGCUCAAGAGAUCCUGGAGAGGGAGUUGAGGACAGUGAAGGGGGAAAAGACAAGGCUAGAGAACCAGUUAACCAGCCUCAACCUCAGGAAGGAUGCAAUGGAGGACAGGAAUACAAACCUGCAAGAAGAGAUCAGACAACUCAAGAUGCAACGAGAAGAGAUUAGUUUCACCAACGCCUCUCUGAAUGAGUUGAAGGAAGGAUUGGAGGAGAGACUGGAGCAGAAGCUCCGUGAGCUGGAGGAGAUAAAGGAGAAGUUCUCCAAGCUGGAGGUUGAACUGGAGCAGGAGCAGGUUGGAGCUGACGAGCUCCGGCAGGAACUGGAGGAGGAGGAGAUAAGACGGAAAGACCUGACUGAGGAGAAUGAAGAGAAGAGUUCUGAGAUUGAGAAAUUAAACCAGCAGAUCAUCAACAUCAACAACAAGCUCCUGGACUCAGGACACCAGCUUAACAGGAUCAGGGAGGAGAUGGAAUCAGAGUUGGAAGAAGAGAAAAAGAAACUUAGAAAACGAAUCCGGAGAUUGGAAGAGGAGAAGGAUGCGAUUAAAGAUGAAUUGGAGGAAGAGAAUGAUAUAAAGCUGAAAGAACUGGAGAACAAAAAGCAGAAAGAAAUUAAAGAGCUUGAGAUGAGAAUGAAGCAGGAUCAGAUCAAGUUCGAGGAUGAACUAGAUUUUUGUAAUCAGAUGAUUGAAAACCUACGAGCAAAGAACCAGGAGUCCCUGUUGAUGGCCGAGAACUCCCACACCACCUCCCAGCGUAUGACCGAGACCGAGGAGAUGAUUGCCUCGGAGCGGAUCCAGGAGCUCGUGGGUCAGGUGGAGGAGCUCAACAACAAGCUCAACCAUGACAAGAAGGAGUUCAUCCUUGAGCUAGAGAAGGAGAAAUCGAGGAGCAGUGAAAUCAACCUGGAGAUGAAGAAGAUGAAGACUAGACAAGAAGAACAGAUUACAGUCACUAAACAAGAGAAAGAAGCGCUGAAAGAUGAAAUGAAAAAAGUGAAAAUGGAUAAGGAGAAAGCAGAUAUUCAGUUCUAUCAGCUCAAAGAUAGAAUUGUCGAUUACGAACGACAGAUUGAAACCCUUCGAUCAGAACUGAAACAAGCCGAAGAUAGAAUUAAAACCUUCGACAGGGAGGAUGAGAAGAGAAGAAAGGAUGUGCAAGAUCUAGAAUCUAAACUCUUGGAGAGAAAUAAACAAAUUCAGGAGAAAAUCCUGGAAAAGCAGCGGGAAACGGAAACCCUAGAACGAAAGCUGGUGACCGUGGAGAGGAAUGAAACCCUGCUCCGGGAAGAAUUAACAGAAAUCAAAGAAACCCUUAGCAUUCAUCAACUGGACUACAGUUCUAUUUCUGAGGAGACUGAACGAUUAAGAACUCAACUGAGAGAACAAAGCACAGAGUUGGAACUCUUGCGCGCAAACCUGGCCACAGAGAGCGCGCGAAACAAGGACGUCGGGAGGAUGGAGGAGUUGAGAAGGAAGAUGGAAGAUCUCAGCUUUGAGAAGAAGAAGUUAGAUCAUGAAUACAAGGAUACAAGAAGACGGAUGGAAGACGACAGAGAAAGGUAUGAGAGUCAGAUACUUGCUCUACAAGAGAGUUUAUCAGAAAGUAGAGAGAGGGAGAAGGGAUUAGAGACUGUUAGACAUCAGCUAGAGAAACAGCUGACAGCUACAGGACAAGAGUACGGCAAUCUUGUUGUACGGCUGCGAGGUGCUGAAGGGCGACUACGGGAGAUGAACGAGAAUGUUGUAAAGCUGGAGGCGAGUAAAGGCGAAUAUGAGACAAGACUCGCCAUUGUUAACUCCGCCUUACAAAACUCCGCCCUACACAACUCCGCUGCGCAGUACAGAAGCAGAGGAAACACACCCACUCGUGUUAGCCGGCCUAGAUACAGGUCCGGAGAUAGUUCUCGACGGGAUGGAGAUGAGGUUGAUUUUCUCCGAACUAACACGAGAGAUUCCUCCAACAGAACUGAUAGAGCUGAGCGAGACAGACUGGAGAGUACUGCUAAAAUUGACAUGCUGAAGCGCUCCAAUGAAGACUACGCCAAAAUCCUCGCCAAGUUGCAGGAAGAAAAGUUCUCCCUAGAGCAAAGGUUGGCCUCCAGUCAACUUCAAUUAAGCAAACUCGAGAAGAAAGUUUUGACCUCCGAUGAAAUUCUAGCUGAGCGCGAGGAAACCAUCGAAUCCCUGAAAUCCUCGACAAAAAGUUUUGAGCGGAAAAUCCGCGAACUGAAUUCUGACCUUGAGAGUGCCAAAGAUGAUCUGAAAAGAGCUGAGGACAAGGUUAAAGAUGCGGAGGAGAGAACAAGGAAGUAUAAGAACGAGGUUGGAAAAUUAUCAGAGAACGUGAACGAAACCGAGGAUAACCUCGGUAGAUUAGAAAUCCUGAAACGACAUCUGGAGACAGAGAACAGCAAAUUGAAAGAAACCUUGACAGAAAGAGAAUCAGCGACAAAGGUAUAUGAGGGUAAGAUUGAGAGGCUGCGUGAUGAGGUUGCCGGGCUGGAAACACACAGCAACAGGUUGACUGCUCAGCUUAACAGAACUCAGGCGGAACUAGACAGAAGCUCUAGAGCAGAGCGUGAUAUGGCAACCCAGAUUGAACGAUUGGAAAAUGAACUCUCCGCUGGAAAUCAGGAAAUGGGCGGAGCUGUGCAGGAGGCGGAGCAGCUAAGGCGGAGAAAUACAGAUCUAGAUCAGGAAAGGCGGAUGCUAGAGGAUCGUCUGGAAAACAGUAAAUCUCUGGCAGAGUCCCUACGCAAGAAGGGGCGGGAGGCGGAAGAGAGGAUUGGUGAUGUGUUGCGGCGGUUAGAUGAGGCAGAGAAAGGGAGAAAAGAGGCGGAAGAUAGAUUAGUAGCGGCAGGAUCAAACUCUGGGGCAGAUAAUUAUCUCAAGGAGGAGCUAAAUAAGGCUCGGAAGGAGAACCUGGUCCUGGUCGAGAAGACGAGGGAGCUCGAGAAACGAGUUAAAAUCAUGAAAACUGAAACCAAAGAAUCCAGAAUGUACAACACUGAAUCUGAGAAGAUUGUCAGAACACAGAUUCCUAUGAUGAGUGCCAAGCAGAAUGGAGGGAAGGAAUGCAGUGAACACCUAGUUCGUAUCCGUAUACUAGAACAGGAGGCGGAGAGAUAUAUCCGCCGAAUAUCCGCCCUGGAAACUCAGAUUCAAGACGCGGAGCGGCGGACACAGGAUAGACUUGAACAGUUGAUAAAUGAGAAGAGAGUAGAGAGAGAACGAGAUCAUUCCCGGCAUACUCAGGAGAUCAAACAGUUAGAACAUAGUCUUAAUACAAGGGAGAGAAUGUAUAAGGAAAGGAUAUCAGGGUUGGAAGAUCAGGUGCAUACACUUCGGGAUCAGAUUCAUGAGGAGGCAAGAUCAAGAAGAUCAUUCAUUGCUUCAUCACAGGCAAUCUCUGCCGAUGUAUCCGACCUCAGACGUCAAUUAGAUCAAAGUUUAGAAAAUGUGAAUUCUACUUCUAGGCUUGAUACUAAUCUACUAGAACGGGAAACCAGCAGGUUACAGGAUAGUUUCAACAGAUUCUCCGGUCAAACUCCGACUAGGUUCGAACCCUCCAGGCUCCGGAGCUCGGUCAUCAAGUCCAGGUUUGGAUCCUUGGAUAACCUUGACCAGCUGGUCACCUCGACACCGAUCGUGGCCUCCAACUAUGCCCCGAGGUCACAGCCUCAAGUUAAAUCCUCCCUGGAUCCAGGAUUCUUCACGGGAGCAACCUCAUCACAAUCCAGACGGAGUUCCGGUCUUCGACGAAAUCUGAACUCAGAGUUUGAAUUCGCAAAUUCAACAAAUUAGAUGAUACGAAAAUAAAUGUCACAAAUACCUGAAAUUCUGACGAAAUGACCAGUGCCAUGUUAUUGCUCGAAAAUUUGACCCAAAGCUUCAAUUGAUCUCGAACGAAUACUCAGUUACGGGUUGAUACUUCUGUUAAAUAAAAUGUGUUUUUUUUCUAAAUUAAAUUGUGAUUUCAAU